GUAUUUGAUGACAAAUCUCUGAAAUGUUAUGGAAAAUAUUUUAUUUGCCGCCUAAAUGUCGCCAAAAAUUUAUCCUAAGGCGAAGACUAUCAGUAUAAGAGAAGCUGAUCUCAAAGAUGCUUUUGCACUUUUGAAUACGGCAGGUGCUUACGGCCAUAAUACCACAGAUGGCGAAAAAGCGUAAGAGGCAACAUGUUUGGCCUCCGAGAGCCACCAAGCAUUAGAUCUCAAGUACUUGUAACGUAAUGCUAAAAGUUUUCUACAAGUAAUUCACGUUUGUGAACAGCUUUAAAUAUAACAUGCAACUGUUGCAAGCUGACCUAAUAAAUGUCUAAAGUUCCUUCUUUUUUUUUUUUUCUUUCGCUCAACACGUGUUAUGUGCUAAAACGUGACGUCUUGGGUUUUUCGACGCUUUGUUGCCAUCGUCUGCUGCAUGUAAUCUCUGCAACUUUUGCCGCACAACACGGGCCUGUUCCAAGUUGCCCGCAAUAGUGGCGAUAUAUUUAAAGUUCUUUGGUAGCUGCGAUGGCACGACACCGAGCUGUAGUUUGAUGUAAGAUGCACCAUGGCUCUUCAGACCCAGCGCUACACGUUGGUCGGUUUCUCCAAGGAACUGGACCGGAGAUCUUUGCAUUUCGUCGAACCGAUUCCAGCGAACAGAAUAUGCAAAGUGUGCAGCCUGGUGCCGAGAAUGACAGCUUUUCUGCCAUGUUUACACGUAGUCUGCAAAACGUGCUAUGAGCAGUGCCAGCUUAACGACGACAACUUCUGUCCGCUCGAUGGCAACAUGUUCAGAGAAGACGACGUCGACUGGAGAGAUUUUCCUGCGGACGUUCUGCUCAGACGACAGGCCCGCGGUUCGCGCAACCUGGUUCCCACGGGCUGCAGUCUUGGGCCUCUACUAGCCAUCUUCCAGCCAAUGUUAUGCCGACACUUGGUAAAAUGCUGGAAUGAAGAAGCUGGUUGCGAUGUGGUCAUGGCUGCCUCCAAGGUGUACGAGCAUUUCUUCCAAGAAUGCGACUACCAUACCACGUCUUGUCCAAAGUGUUUGGCUGUGAUACCCUGCAAGGAUAUAUGCGCACAUAUCAGGAGCGACUGUACCGAUUAUACGGUGUCUCGCACGUCUAGAAGCCCGCAAGCUUCAUCCAGUGAUCCCGAAGCAAUGCUGAGAGCUUUGAACGCAAGUUUAGACGCGCGAGUCGGAGAAAUGAAAGACAGGCUAGAUGAAGUCCUUAGCGAGAGUAGCGCUCAAAGCGACCGACUAAGUGAGCUUUCACACUGUAUGAACACGAUCAAAGAAGCACUGUUACAGCCAUCGGCAAGUGGAGCUUGCGCAGUGCAGAGUGGUGUUCUGGAAACGGCUGCUGGUAUUGCCUCUGUUGGAGCAGUUAAAGAAAUGUUGACGGCACAAAGUAACAGGCUCCGUGAACUUUCUGGAAGCAUAAGCAGUCUAGGUGACACUCUGAGCAGAGCCGUGGAAGAUACGAAAAGGACCAGUCUGGAGAAGUUGGAACAAAAUAAAAAUAAUCUGUGUAUGUUGCGAGCAGAUUUUAGUGAACACGUUGCAGAAAACACUGAAACAUUGGAGGAAAUUUCGCAGAGCCUGAGGGAGUUCAAGGAAAUCCUUCUCGUAAAAGACCCGAAGCCCGCAAUAAACUUGACGACUUCUGAAACGUGCCUCACAAGUGGUGCUUCUGUCACUGCACCUAGAGAGAGAGAGGAACAAAGGGACCAGCGAACACCACUCCAGCACAGACAACUCGCCCAAGACGGGGUCAACACUCAGCGUUGCGACCUCAUUGUGAAAGGGAUAAGAGGGAUUAAGCAAUGUGUAAACUUAGACGGAUUUUAUGAUUAUAGUGGUGAAAGGAUGUAUCUUUCGGGCUAUCACCUACUGGGAGGCGUGAAAUUUGUUAAAGAUGAUGAGUCUGUAACCGUGCACGCUCGCCUUAAGCUGCUCAAAGGUGUGAACGACGACUUGCUCGAGUGGCCAUUCUAUCGGAGCUUGAAGCUGAGCGCCGUGCAUCCGUCGAACAGAGAAGAGCGCCAUUGUAUGUACCCUGCAUUUCGCAGUAUCACGCACUUUGGAAAGCCAGGACCAAUUGGCAACAAGGCCUUGUUUUUCAUAGAGCGCUCGUUAUGCUUGGAAGAUCUUGAGCGUGAUGGAUACGUGGUGAAUGACAAGCUUCACUUAGCGCUGGAGCUCGUUCCGCUUGUCGAGCAUAAAUGAGAGCAAUUUCAGGCCCUUUACAGGUCCCGCUGCAAUGUACGCUGCUGUCUGACAGCACUACCAAAUCCACUAACCAUCUGCCUUACCUGCGGCUGUGUUUCUUGUUCAGUGUUACUCCAUAUAAUAUUUUUGUACUGUUAUGCUGUAUUGUAUGCUGCAGUUAUAUUCUCCUAUGCACUGUUAACACCAGUACUGCUUUCUUGAUCAUCCUAUGCCAUAUAAAUAAAACGUUUAACAAAGAUGAAA